UCCUUUAUCCUCUUUGGUGACAGUUAGUCACCUGGGAUGUGAUUUGUGGAAUGUCCAUUGUAAAAAAAAAGGCUGGGUGUAUUAUGCAUGCCAGGUCUGCUCUGCCGACAUAACUUGCCGGCACUGCUGGCAAGCGGUCAUUUUAGGCCAUCUUGAAAAUGCAUUUGUUACCCCAUGUCACAGCACGAACUAGCCAAUUCUUAAACCUACUGCCUUCCGUGAAUCAAUAUUUGGCUAUAAGCACCAAGUUGCAAUGAACGUCUUACUUACUUAGACCUAUAAUGUGUGCACAAAAGUUUCAGUUCAUGAACGUUUUAUCGUCUGCUUUCAGGAUGUCAGGUCAGGAACGAAAAAAAAUCACAACUGCCGACAGGCGCCAUUUUGAAUUUGUCCAAUCUUUGCUCCGGAUUUCCAAAGAGCUCACAGAAGAGGAAACGGCAACCAUGAAGUUGUUCUGCCUGCACCUGAUCCCUAAAGGCCAGAGGGCACAACUCAAGCGGAUAGUGGAUGUUUUCCAUAAGCUGAUGGAACUGGACAAAAUCGACCAGGAAAACUUGGAGUUUAUUGAAGAGAUCUUGGAAAGAAUCGGUAGACAGGACCUGAUUCGGGACGUUAUGCGGCGGUUUCAGCCUCCUGACCGAGAGAUUCCGGAAAACCCCGAACUGCAGCCGGAAAAUCCCGAGCUGCAGCCGGAAAACCCCGAACACCAGCCGGGAGCAAGUCUGUUAGGGACGACUGCAGAAGGUGACGUGCAGGGAUUUUUUUACGAUGUUAUCAAAGAAAUCAGCCACAAGUGGGACGACCUGGCCCGGGAGCUGGGAUUUCAUGAUAACGAAAUCAAAGUAAUCCGAGACUUGGAGCGUGACCAUGACCACAGGUGCAGGGAAAUGCUGACAAGGUGGAGAAACAGGGAGGGAAGGGAAGCUACUCUAGAGGUCCUAAAGCAAGCAUUAAAGAAUAUUGGUGAAACUCGGACAGCAGAGAGCCUGGAAGGACCUACAACCUCCAACACCUACGUGGUUGUGCACGGUACAGUGCGCAUGAUCCAGGAAACUCUAGAUCAUCUUAAAAACUGUCUGGCAACGCUAUGUGGCACCAGAAGGUCACAGGUCAAGUUCAGAGGUUACAAGAAACACAAGAGCAUCCUGGUGCACUUCUCCAUACCGCGGGAGAACACGGCGGUGCUGAGGCACAUGGCGGAUCAAUCCGACCCGAGACUUGUCUACAUGGGCGUCAAGUCACUGCAGAUCGACGCUGAAGUUCCCAUCAAAGUCCAACAGGGGGCGCCGUUGUACGGUAUCAAGAGACAACUGCCUGUAGAUGACAUCGAGGUGGGAUGCAGUACCCGGACGAAACGCCAGAGGGCGACCGUGGGCUGGACCCGCCUGUCUGCUCUGAACCUGUUCUCGGACGCCCUGCCGCUCCAUCUGCAGGCAGCCGCGAGUCUGGAGUACCAGGGCUUCUCCUACAGCCUGGUCCGGGCUCUGGUGCAGAAGGACCGGCUCAGAGAACACCAGAUGAGGCAGGCCAUCCAGAACCUUAGAAACGCAGAGGUGGAUUCCAACACGCUCCGACAGAAGGCAGAGGUGGAUUCC